CCCCUCGGCUUCCUCGUACGCAUUCACCUUGCAACGUCCGUACGAAGCCGAGCCUUCGGGGUGACGAGGCCAAUUACGCUUCGCCCAGCAUCAAUUGCAUUUUAUCUCGCCUCUCGCAUCGCAAAGCUCGCAAAGCUUGCAGCGUACGGAUUCCUGCCAUGCCUUCACCAGGCGGUAGCGAGCCGGGGGCGACGCCCUAUGCCCCUUCUUGGCCGCGCAAGCCACACACCAAAACCCGAAGCGGAUGUACCGUCUGUAAGAGACGCAAGAUCAAAUGCGAUGAGCAAAAGCCGUCUUGUGCCAAUUGUAUCAAGCACGGGGUGCAUUGCAACUACGCGCCGUGGACGGCUCGCCGCUGGCAUGGAACUACGAGCCACCGCUCACCAGGGCACCAAGGCGCAACAUCGCCAAGCCAUGACUUGUCUCGCCAUCAGUCGCCGUCGGGCAAUGCUCUCCUGUUCAACGAGACGCAUCUCGAGCUCUUGCAUCACUUCACGACCGUAACGUACAACACGCUCACGGCUCAUCCCACACUCAAAGUCAUGUGGCGGAUCACUGUGCCCCAGCUCGGUCUCAAACACCCAUUUCUGAUGCGCAGCAUCUUCGCCAUCUCUGCAUUGCACCUGGCAGUCCUUCGACCGCAAAGACGGUCCUUCUACGUUGACGUGAGUCGCGAGGAGCACUCGGCCGCGCUGGCGAUGGCCGUUCCGCUGAUUAGCAACGCCAACGAGGACAAUGCGUCUGCUCUGUUCGCCUUCUCUAUGCUCGCUGUCAUCUACAUCCUCGCGGCACCACGGGAACCAGGAGAUCAUUGGCUUCUUGUACCCGAGGGCGGAUUGACGGAUUGGCUCGCCCUAAUACAGGGCACUAGGUCGGUAUCUACAUCCUACCAGGAGCAUUUAUCAAAGGGGCCCGUGAGUCCACUCUUUACAGUCUCGCAAGCCCUUGUGAGCAAUGCCGAGGAGAAAGGGCAGUCCCUCCCGGCGUGGAAGGGUUCCAGCGAGUACCGUCAGAUGGUGCUGCUUCGACAAUUGAUCCGGGAGCGCGUAGACAAUGCGCAGAGGCUAAAGCAGUAUGAGACGCUUCUGGACCUACUCGAGCAAAGCUUUGCCGCCAACAUGGUCUCACCAACGUCGUAUUGUCAAGAAACGUUGAGCGACGAUCAUGAGCAAGUGGCGACGUCGCACAUCUUCUCUUUCUUAUACCGAUCCCUGGAGAUCAUGCAAGGGCCACUGCAAGCCCGCGAGCCUGAGGCGUUGGUCAUCUUUGCCUACUAUUGCGUCCUUCUGCACAAGCUGGAGGGUUAUUGGUGGAUACAAACGUUACCGAGGGAUAUCAUGGAGGAGAUCUGGGGCGCCUUGAACUACGAAUAUCGAUACUGGAUUCAGUGGCCUGCGGAGCAACUGGGGUGGGCACCUCGAGAUCCAUAGCUUAUCUGAACAGAGCCUCCAAGCCUCCCAGGCACCGCCAUUCGGGAAACUUACAGCCCCAUUCAAAAUGCAUCGGAUGAUCGGCGUCGGCAUCUGACCUUGCAGCACUUGGCAAU